UUAUUUUGGUGUGUAGGGAGUUUGACUAAAAAGUAUUCCAUUUUUCCCCAAUUUCUUUUUCAAAGAAAUUUGGGGGGGAAAUAAUAGCUCUCGAGGGUUUCUCAUGGAGGCGUCGCGAUUCAAAUUCCUCACUCUACUUCGAUUUUUUCCAAUUGGGCUUUAAGACAAUUUAGCCCCACUUGCACUGAGUCAUCAGUAGAGUCUUCAACUUCGUUCAGUAGGAGAGUAGAACAAGGAGUUAUAGGUAUUGAUUGGUUUUAGAGGAGAACUUCACUUUAAUCUGAGGAAGCCAGGAUAUAUCAUGGAUUGCAAUAGGGAUGAGGCCCUUAGGGCAAAAGAAAUGGCUGAGAGAAAAUUCAAUUCGAGAGAUAUAAAGGCUGCGAGGAAAUUUGCUUUGAAGGCCCAAAACCUCUUUCCUGAUCUUGAGGGCAUCACUCAGAUGGUAGCAACCCUUGAUGUUUAUCUAGCCGCAGAAGCGAAAAUCAACGGCGAGAAUGACUGGUAUUCUAUUCUCUUUCUCAAUGCUUUAGCCGAUGAGGAUGCAGUGAAGAAACAGUAUAAGAAAUUAGCUCUCCAGCUUCACCCUGACAAGAAUAAGUCAAUCGGUGCUGAAGGUGCUUUUAAGCUUAUAUCGGAGGCAUGGAGCGUGUUAUCUGAUAACAACAAAAAAACUAUAUACGAUCAGAAGAGACGAAUGAAUGGUUUCCAUAAUGCUUCUAAUGGCUAUAACACUUCUAAUAACAAAACAGCUCAUUCAAGAGCUCAGAAUGCUUCUGCCUCUCGCCCGUCAAAGCAUGACACUUUCUGGACCUCAUGCAGCCGAUGCAGGAUGCAGUAUGAGUACCUGAGAGUGUACCUUAAUCACAAUCUCUUGUGCCCUAAUUGUCAUAAUGCAUUCUGGGCCGUAGAGAUUGAAGUUCCACGCAAUGGAGCACGUUCCUCUUUUUCGUGGACAUCUGGGUCCAGUAGCAAUAGCUACAAAACUAGUUAUUCUUCUCAAAGUUCCAAUGCGGUUCAUCACACAUUUGAGAAAACAAGGAAGCACGAGGCAGUGAGAGCUGCUAAAAAACAAGAGGAAUUGUGGAGUAAGAACAAAAGGAGAAGAAGAAACCAUGACAGUUGCACUGCUGCAAGCAAUGGUGCAGAGGAGAGAGAGAGAGCUGAUAAGCCCAGUGCUCCUGAUUUGGAAAGGGCUAAUGGUGUUAGAGCAACUAAAAGGCAGAAUUUCUUCAUGGACCAAAUUGACAUUCGAAGAGUGCUUAUAGAAAAAGCUAAAGCGGCCGUUACCAAGAAAUUAGAAGAAUGGAAUGUGGCUAUUGCUCCUGCCCAAUUGGUAGAGAAAGAGAGAUCAAAGCCGAAAGAAAACCAGAAAGCUAAUAAUAAUAAUAAUCAUGGUAACAAAGAACAAGUUGAAACCAACGUAAGUGAGUCAAACAACAAUCAAGUUCCUGUUGCACCUGUUCCAAUCAAUGUCCCUGAUCCAGAUUUUCACGAUUUUGACAAAUAUCGUAUUGAAAAAGCUUUUCGAUCUGAUCAAAUAUGGGCUGCGUACGAUAACGAAGAUGGUAUGCCUCGCCUCUAUGCCAUGGUUCAAAAGGUUAUCUCUUUGAAACCUUUUAAGUUGAGCAUGAGCUUUCUAAAUUCGAAGUCCAAUAAUGAAUUUGGCCCAGUAAAUUGGGUUGCUUCUGGGUUCACCAAGACUUGCGGGGAAUUUAGGGUUGGCAGGUAUAAAAUCAUUGACACGGUUAACAUAUUCUCUCAUAGAGUUAGCUUUGAGAAGGGCCCACGUGGAAUUAUUAAAAUUCUUCCUAAAAAAGGUGAUAUAUGGGCACUAUACCGAAAUUGGUCUUCAGAUUGGAACGAGUUAACACCCGAUGUUGUGAUACACAAAUAUGAAAUGGUCGAAGUGCUUAGUGAUUAUAAUGAGGAAGAAGGUGUUACUAUCACCCCGAUGGUCAAAGUUGCUGGUUUUAAAACGGUGUUUUGCAGCCAUAUGGACCCAAAAGAGGUGAGGAGGAUACCAAAGGAAGAAAUGUUUCGGUUUUCGCACCAAGUGCCUUCUCAUUUGCUGACUGGUGAGGAAGGCUAUAAUGCACCAAAGGGCUGUCACGAAUUGGACCCAGCUGCCACUCCUGUAGAAUUUCUCAAGGUGAUUACGGAGGUAAAGGAGGAUACCGUGAUGGAAAACAGCUGAAAAAUCGAGCAGUUUGUUUCUGUUGUUGUCGUUGCUGUUGUAGAUGCUAUAAUCGAAAAAGGGUUAAUUCUCAAAUACAGUGGAUGUAUCCCGACAUUCAAUAUCUAUCAAGCUUCUUGGUUCGACUUGUUUAGUCGAUUUUUGGCUGAUGACUUGGAAUAGGAUGCCAGGUAAGCGGCUCUUUCACAUAUACCUGACAAUUACUUUAGGAAUCUUUAACCUUGAAUUUGUGUCUCAAAUGGAGAUUGCCUAGAUCACGGAGGUUCUUGGGAACGUUAUUUCUGGGAGAGUAGGAAAUAAAUGGUAGAACCUCAUUGUUUCCGCUGGUCUUACAUUAUUACUUGUUUAAGGUAUGGCUAUUAUAACCUGUAUGUGUCUGUGUCUUGUGUGUGCAUUCACUUGACUGUUGUAUCUUUCUUUAAAGAUAAUGGAAUACUCUCUCUCUAUAUGUUGAACUACAUUAUUGUUCUGUUAAAGCUUGAAGCACAUCAAAAAGUUUUUAA